GCGAGUCUACAAUGGGAAGUGGAGUUCGGGGUUGCUAGAAAUCUGCACGUCUCCGCCGACUGAGAGGAAAAUACAAUAAACUUGUUGCAAAUAAAAUGCAAAAAAUAGACAAAUGAGCAAAGCGGAUCCGCGCAAGAGUGAAGGGAGCGGCUUGCACGAAGGAAGAAACAACGUUGAAAAAUAACUCGAGGAAGAACACGGGUAUGCCUUCUCAUGAAGGUUCUGCCAUCUCUCCCUGGCUGUCGGGAAGCUGUCGACGGGCCUGUUUGGGUGGUCACUUGGGGUUCGUGUGAUCGGGGUGGCUCCCUGGGAUGGCGGUGCUGGGAGUGGGGUUUUAAGGAUCCUCCUUCCUGAUGGAACAGUGGGGAUGCUCCUCUGCGGAUCACUGGUCCUCUCAGAGCAAGCGAGAAUAUCGAUACUAUACGAUUUGACCGGUACAUUGUGACUUGGAACAUUUUGCACAGAUCGCACACAGUGUGGACAGCUGUCUUUGUAUACAGAAAGAGAAGCCAGCGUGACCCAUCAUGAACAAAGAUGGGGAAGUGGGCACCAUUGCCCCCGAGUUGCCGGCGAUGUUCGACGGGGUGAAGCUGGCAGCGGUGGCGACAGUGCUGUACAUCAUAGUGCGCUUUCUGAACCUGAAGAGCCCGACCGAGCCCCCUUGCCUCAGCUAUCAGGACACCCCGCUCAACCGCUUCCUGAUCAAGUCCUGCUCGCUGCUGACCAAAGAGUACAUUCCUCCCCUGCUAUGGGGGAAAUGCGGGCACCUACAGACGGCGCUGUAUGGGAAGAUGGGCCGGGUCAGCUCACCUCAUCCAAUUGGGCUGCGCAAAUUCCUCACCAUGCAUGAUGGGGCCACGGCCACCUUUGACCUCUUCGAACCGCUAGCUGACCAGUGCACAGGAGAUGAUGUCACCAUGGUUAUUUGUCCUGGGAUUGGUAACCACAGUGAGAAGCACUACAUACGAACCUUUGUGGACUACGCUCAGAAGCAGGGCUACCGGUGUGCUGUGCUUAACCACCUGGGAGCUCUGCCUAACAUUGAGCUAACCUCUCCCCGCAUGUUCACCUACGGCUGCACCUGGGAGUUUGCAGCCAUGGUGGGCUACAUCAAGAAGACAUUCCCCCAGACGCAGCUCAUUGUUGUGGGCUUCAGCCUAGGGGGCAACAUUGUCUGCAAGUUCCUGGGUGAGAACCACACCAACCAGGAGAGAGUGCUGUGCUGCGUCAGUGUGUGCCAGGGCUACAGCGCACUCAGGGCCCAAGAGACAUUCCUGCAGUGGGAUCAGUGCCGGAGAUUUUACAACUUCCUCAUGGCAGACAACAUGAAGAGGAUCAUCCUCUCACACAGGGGCAUGCUGUUCGGAGAGAGCUCCAGCAAGAGACCCAGGAUGAUGGAGGAUGCCGACCUGAGCCGGCUCUUCACAGCCACCUCCCUCAUGCAGAUCGACGACAACAUCAUGAGAAAAUUCCAUGGGUACGACUCCCUCAAGGAAUACUACGAGAAGGACAGCUGUGUCCAUUAUAUUCACAAUGUCAAUGUGCCUCUAUUAUUGGUAAACACAUCCGAUGACCCAUUAGUGCAUCCAAGCUUGCUGACCAUCCCACGCACACUCGCAGAGAAGAAGGAGAAUGUGAUCUUUGCCCUCACGCUGCAUGGGGGGCACCUGGGAUUCUUCGAGGGGGCGGUGCUCUUCCCUCAGCCUCUCACCUGGAUGGACAAGGUGAUUGUGGAGUACGCCAACACCAUCUGCCAAUGGGAGAGACACAAACCGCAGUGCGGGAGUGGCAGUGAACAGGACUGCUCAUAGGAAACGGAUGAACACGAACCCCUCCCUGACAGCGCCCUGCCACCUCGCUCUCCUCUCCUUCUUCUUCUAAUUUCUUCCACUGGCCUUUUCUUAUUGUUGUUUUUUUCCUGUGGGAGAGUUUUCACAAUUUAUGUUUUCUUUGGUUUCUUUCCAAAAAAAAAAAAAAAAGCCCCAGUGUGUUUUAUAUGUGAAGAGCAAAAA